AUGGUGAGAGUACGAACAUUGCACACAUCACGGUGCAGUUUGAAUAGCUCCAAGAUGCAAUUGCAUACAAAAUUCACUCUGAGGAGGAAAUCAGCCCAGAAAGAAGAAGUUUCAACAGACUCGAAGACUCCCGCAAGAACGCGAUUUGCUCCUUCACCUACCGGCUUCCUGCACUUAGGAUCCCUUAGAACAGCGUUGUAUAAUUACUUGCUUGCUAGGGCCACGGGAGGUCAGUUUUUGCUGCGCUUGGAAGACACUGACCAAAAAAGGUUAGUUACCGGGGCCGAAGAGAACAUUUAUGACACAUUGAACUGGCUAGGAAUCAAAAUUGACGAAGGCCCUACAGUGGGAGGCGCUUAUGGUCCUUAUAGACAGAGCGACAGAUCUGAAAUUUAUACGCGCUACACUAACGAACUGCUGGACAAAGGGCUCGCAUACAGAUGCUUCUGCUCCAAAUCCAGGCUGGAUGGGCUUCGGGACUCUGCAAAACUGCUCAAACCACCCACAACUGUAUCGUAUGACAGACAUUGUUUGAAGGUAUACACUAAAGAGGAGUCUGCUGCUAAGGCUGCUCAAGGAGAGGAAUUCACCGUGAGAUUUUUAUCACCAGACAAGUAUCAAGAGUUCAACGAUUUGCUCCAUGGAAACGUCAAUUGGCAACCGCAGGUAAAUCCAUUCGACAAAAGAUUUGAAGAUCCGGUGCUGCUAAAAAGUGAUGGUCUACCUACCUACCACUUUGCCAAUGUCGUUGACGACCAUUUGAUGAAAAUCACUCACGUUAUUAGAGGAGAGGAAUGGCUUGCUUCCACCCCCAAACAUAUCGCUCUAUAUGAGGCUUUCGAGUGGAGAAAGCCGAAGUUUGUGCAUAUACCGUUACUGACGACUGUUGACAACAAGAAGUUAUCCAAACGUACUGGUGAUAUUGACAUUAUGUCGUUGAAGAGACAAGGUUACCUUCCCGAGGCUCUAAUUAACUUCGCAGUUCUUUUUGGAUGGGCUCCAAAAAGGGCUCAAGGAGAAAAAUCGAAUGAAAUCUACAGUAUGGAUUUCCUCGAGAAGCAUUUCAACCUUGACGGUCUGACAGUUGGCAAUGCCAAGGUGGAUUUUCAAAAACUUAAUUAUUUCAACAAACAUUACUUACAACAGAAACUUCAAGAUCCCGAAUUUCUCGAUAGGGCCUCCGCUGAUAUUUACGCUAAAUUAAAUCAAGACCGCGGAAUCACCCAAGAAUAUGUGAAAAAGGUGCUUGUGAAAACGGGAAGCUCCCUCACCACGCUUGAUUCUGUCUUCGACGAGAGUUUUAAGUUUUAUUUUGAACGUCCUACAUACACUAGAAAAGGACUCGAAAAUGUCCUUAAGCCUGGAGAAUAUGGGGUCGUGAAGCUGCUAGCAGAGCAAACAGAUUUCACUGACCUCAAAGCUCUAAUACCCAGGAUCAUGGCGGUCUAUCCUGAUAUCACGAAAAAAGACAUUUAUCAAACUAUUCGUUAUGCAAUUAGCGCGGGACAACCAGGAACGAAACUUCCCGAUAUGAUCGAGCUCUUGGGAAAUGAGGAAGUGAUUGCACGACUAAACUCUCUAAAGGAAAUCUUGUAA